GAUGAAGGAUCCAGUAAGUCAGAGAACAACCAAGUACAUCUAAUGUCUCGACUCUGAAGCCUCAUGCUGAGAAAUGGAUAUUCUCGUGGAAGACGAUAGCUCUGUGACCCCAACUACAAACUCCUUAAUACAAUUAAACCAUGACAGAAGACUCUACAAACCUGAUUUCCUCUCUGGCGAGAAUAACAAUUCUGAUGCACUUAACUGGACCGUGGAUGCUGAAAAUGGCACAAACUUCUCCUGUGAAGGUGGCCUCGCACCCCCAUGUUACUCCUUACUUCAUUUCCCAGAGAAAAACUGGCCCGCAUUGCUGACAGCUAUAGUGAUUGUUCUUACCAUUGCCGGAAACAUACUUGUCAUCAUGGCAGUCACCCUGGAGAAGAAACUGCAGAAUGCCACCAAUUACUUUCUGAUGUCACUUGCCAUUGCUGAUAUGCUGCUGGGUUUCCUGGUGAUGCCAGUGUCAACAUUAACCAUCUUGUAUGGGUACAAAUGGCCCUUGCCCACAAAACUCUGUGCAGUCUGGAUUUAUCUGGAUGUACUUUUCUCCACUGCCUCCAUCAUGCAUCUCUGUGCAAUCUCCUUGGACCGCUAUAUUGCUAUUCGGAACCCCAUUCAUCACAGUCGCUUUAACUCAAGAGCGAAGGCGUUUUUGAAAAUAAUUGCUGUUUGGACCAUAUCAGUAGGUAUAUCAAUGCCAGUUCCAGUCAUUGGCCUACAAGAUGACUCCAAAGUCUUUAAAGAAGAGAGCUGUUUACUGGCUGAUGAGAACUUUGUCCUGAUUGGCUCUUUUGUGUCCUUUUUCAUCCCCUUAGCCAUUAUGGUGAUCACCUACUUUUUAACAAUAAAGACACUUCAGAAAGAAGCUACUUUAUGUGUGAAUGAUGUUGGCACAAAGAACAAAUUGUCGUCUUUCAGCUUCCUCCCUCAAAGUUCCCUGUCUUCAGAAAAGCUCUUCCAGCGUUCCCUGCACAAGGAACCUGUUUCGUAUGGAAGGAGGACUAUGCAGUCUAUCAGCAAUGAACAAAAGGCUUCCAAAGUCCUUGGUAUUGUUUUCUUCCUGUUUGUUGUAAUGUGGUGCCCCUUCUUCAUCACCAAUGUGAUGGCAGUCAUCUGCAAGAAGUCAUGCAAUGAAAAUAUCAUUGGAAUUCUACUGAAUGUAUUUGUUUGGAUUGGUUACCUCUCUUCUGCUGUCAAUCCAUUAGUGUAUACACUGUUCAAUAAAACUUACCGGUCUGCUUUUUCUCGUUAUAUCCAGUGUCAGUACAAGGAGGACAAGAAACCUCUUCAGUUAAUUUUAGUGAACACCAUACCUGCAUUAGCUUACAAUUCUAGGCAAGCCCAAAUGACAGAGAAGGAUGAAAAAAAAGACUCUGAGGUGACGGAUAAAGACUACACUGGGAUUGAUAUUGGAAUACACAACUUAGAUAAUUCACCCAAGGACAGUGUCAUCCCAGUCAAUGAAAAGGUUAGUUCUGUGUGAUCAUAUCAGAGAGUGAGUGGCUACUAUGGCAACCAUGGAGUACACGCUGAGAAAGUUUUCAUCGAACUGAAAAGAGAGAAAGACUUGGAAAAAUUAGACCAGUCUAAUAGAUCCAUCAAUAGCAUCAACAUAUUCUUCAUGUUAUUCUGUCAAUGGGAAACAGAGUUAAAUACCAUAAAAAUUGCAUCUUUUUAAAAAAUAAAAGAAAUUCAUAAAGAAUUUCAGCUAUUUUAAGCAUAGCCUUUACUAAACUUAUUUUUUAAUAUCUUAAAAAAUAUAUUUCUUAAAGGCAAAUACCAUUUAUGGUACAAUUUUAAUGAUGGCCACAAAUAAAUCAAUUUUGAUAUUUUACUUUUGAAAAUAAAACUAUGCUACUGUGUCAUUUAUUGACAGCAUAGGAUUGAAUUAGUUACUUUCUGGUAUAAUUAUUAAUAAAAAGAAAUUUGAAGAUAAUGAAUAUUUUUAGAACCUUUGGAAUAAAGGAUAAUGUUAAUUAAUCUGUCAACAUAUAUACUUUGAAAAAACCACCCAGGGUACUUGUCUUAUAAUAAUAACUGUAUUGAUGAAAUAAUUACAUAGAAAAUUUGGUAAUAUUUUAUUAAUAUUUAUUCAGAUGCCAUUCUAAAAUAUAAGUGAUCCCUCUGCUAUUUACCAUAUGCUGCACUUCAAAUUAAUUUUCCUCAGAAGUUGUAAAACCUUAUUCAGUUAACACUACUUCCAGUUCCUUUUUUUUUAAAAAAAAU